UAUUUUUCACAAGCCUAUACAUACACGCGUACACAAUAUGUAAUCACACGAAUAGCAUCGAUUAACUCUGACUAUGCAAGAUAUUGCUGUUGUUGUCACUUUUUUUUAUUUAACGUGAACCCUACUUUAUAAGUUGCGAGAGCUUCAGUUGAUUCACUUAAUUCAGUCUUGAAACACGCUUUGAAUCGAAUAAAACGUUAUUUUUAAUACAAGUUCGAAAUUAUUCCCAAAAUAAGGAAAAAAAAUUCUCUUAAAACAAAUUUGUUUAAAAUAGAGUUUAGUGAUUAGCAAACUCGGAGUAAAUUCGAAUGUUUUAUUAAAACGAUAAAUGCUUGCACAUAAUCUUACAAGCGAAAAUAUUUACGAGUCUAUUGUGCAGGCGAACGAUUCCAGCAAUUUUGAUAAUAGCUUCGAAGUUAAAGAUAUUCAGUGUACAAGGUCAUCUAGACAAGAAAAUCGUUGCGUUACAUCAAAAAGUGAUAAAGAAUUGAUGCGUUUCGCUCGGGAAUUCGAAAUAUGUCAAAUCAACAGCGGAAGCAAUCGAUCAACGCCAAAAACGUCACCUUAUCUAUGCCGUAAGGCUAAAGCUUUCUAUGAAAAUCUAUUCAUUAGAGCUUCCAGUAGCCGUGAAUCAUCACCGAAACCAGCUAAUAACGAUACACGUCGUGUUAAUGCUUGCGGCAAUGAUGAUAGCAAUGAAAUGUCUCCCCUAGCGUUUCACCGAACUUACUCGGAACGUAGCAGUAGUCGUUCCGCGAAAGUUUUGCAACUAUUUGUUAAUAAAAAAGUAGCAAAUAAAAAUAAUUGCAAUGCAAUUUCUAGCAGUCACCACUCACCCGUUCUUAUGAGAGCUCAAGUAGAAAGCGAUUUUGUCGAUUGUUCAAAUACGGAAGGAUAUGUCGAAUAUCAAGACGAUGAAAUCUCUCUAAAUGACAGCAAUUGCUCGAGCAGUUCUUAUGAAUUGCAUCCACCGCUUUUGCCUACAUUUAAAGUAACCCCUUCCAAAUACAUGGGCAGAAGGUCACAAGGCGCCACCACUGAGUUGGCGCAAUUCUUACGCUGUUCCUUUCACGCUAAACGCGCCAAUAUUGCACACUUACGACGGUCGUUAAGCGAUACAAACAAUUUUCAAAACGUUAACUUCAAUAUCAAGCUGCAAAAGUCGCCACCUCCCUUUCCCUGUUUAAGCACCCAGAAGCAAAUUUUAGCCAACACAACUUAUGAUCAUCAUCGGGAAAACACUGCAACACACAACUGCAGUUCAAAUUCCAAUACUUCACCGUUUCGACGUCGUUGGGGUCAGUCGUUGUUACGGCUAUCUAGUCCAAGCAAAGAGACACUACAAAAUAAAUCGCACUCUGUAACUUUCGUACAUCGUGCGGCCUCUAUGACAACAACGACAAAUGAUGUGUUUACCAAGAACUUACUGGGUGUUAAUGGAGAUGAAUAUCACAAGCAAGAAGACAACAAUAGUGUACCGUCCCGGCGCGUUGGCCCUGUUUCAUCGUGGGCUAUCUCUUUCGAGCAGCUAUUGGAAGAUACCGCCGGUCUUAAAGCGUUUGCAGAAUUCCUGAAAUUAGAAUAUUCUGCUGAAAAUAUAUUCUUUUGGACUGCAUGUGAGCGUUAUCGUCUUUUGGAAAACGAGAGCGAAAGAGUUGAGCAAGCGAAAAAUAUAUUUUACAAACAUUUAGCUAACGGUUCGUCAGAGCCCGUCAAUGUUGACUCUCAGGCUCGUAAUCUUAGCGAAGGAACACUUGACAGUGCUCAACGCGACGUUUUCGCUCCCGCGCAAAAGCAAAUAUUUAAUCUAAUGAAAUUUGACAGCUAUCCACGUUUUAUACGUUCCAAUUUAUAUAGGAGUUGUUUGCAAGCCGAAGAAAAAGGUGAACCUCUACCUUUGAGCGGAGACAAUUUGGAUGAAUUAUUCAAGAUAGGCUUCUUGCCAACGAAUUCCUCAAAGUUGAAAAAAUCGGCCAGCAAUGCAGAAGAUCGCCGCCGUAAGAGUCUACUACCUUGGCAUCGUAAGACCAGAAGUAAAUCACGAGAACGCAUCGAUGAUAUGAACCAAAGAUCAAUUGAAGCAACUUCUACGAAUUUAACAAAUGCGACUAAUACGUUAUUAGUGCCACCCUCCAAAAUUCCUCUCGUAGUGGGUAGCUCACUCAGACACAGCUCCAUUAAUGAUUUCCAAAGUUCGCGUUCAUCUGUUUCGUCGUUAGAUAACUUACCCAUAUUACCUCUAGAUACAGCCUGUGCCCUUUGCCGUGUAAAGUUCACUGAUGGUGCCACAACUAUGGUACAAACUAAAUCGGGGGAGACCGUGGGUCAAUUGGUCGAACGUCUUCUUGAAAAACGCGGAAUCCGUUAUAGGUCCUAUGAUGUUGUAAUAAAAGGCAAUAACAGGUCGAUAGAUUUGCAAGCUUCUACCCAAGAAAUAGCUGGGAAAGAAAUAGAAGUUGAGCAACGUGCAGCUUUUAAAUUAGAUUUGCCAAAUCCAAAAGUGAUAUCAGUGAAAAGCAAACCAAAGAAACUUCUUUACGAAGUCGUCAAACCUAUCCUAAGCAAAUAUAAUUACGAGAUUCAAGCCGUGGAAGUUUUACGGCGUGAUACUCAGGAAAAAAUUGACCUAAUGCAACCAGUAACUGCAGUAGAUGGUCAACGCCUACAAGUCGUUCCAAUGCAAGGAGCAAAAUCUGAGCAAAGCAAUUAUUUGAACGAUGAGAUAGCGAAAAAGCUCAAUACGAAUCAACAGAAAAGUAUAACAUAUCCAGCUGCAAUUAUUAGUCAGCAGGCAGCAAAUAUUGUAGCGUCACGCAAGGGAAUAAAUAUUUCAACUAAAAUCGCGAACAAUUUGCCUCAAAGCAAUAUAAAGGAAAUAACAAAUAAGAUUUUUAAAGAUGUCAUGCAAAAAAAUCAACCCGAAACCAAACCCCUCACGCAAGCCACUGAUCAAAUCUCUUUAAAAUCCGACGGUUGUAAUUCGAACUCUUCUUCACUAUUUGAGCUUACUUGUGGAAAGCCAGAUUCCACUUCUGGUCUUCCGUUACAAGUUAAAAGAACAUCGACCAGCAGCCAGCAUUCUACGGACAUAAAUCCAACAAACACAAAUAUUAAGAAACCAAUCAUAGCCAAAUUAAAGGCUGGAGUUAAAUUACAAGUUACCGAACGAGUAAAUGAGAAUCAAGAACAUAUACCAGAAAGCCCUAAAAAGGAGCAGCAAUCGUUGCGGGCAGAAGUCCAGAAACUCAGCGAUCUUAUUAUUGAACAACCUAAAAGUGAGAAAGACCUGAGUGCACAACUACGCCAAAUGCGUGCGAAUUUGUUCACGGUUGCCAAAAAUAAUUUACCGACGUCCGUAACAAACUGUGAGGACGCUUUAAGGUUUGUGGAAAAGCCUCAACCGGUGCCAAGAUUAUCUAUAACUAGUAAAGCUAAGCCGACAGUAAUUAUACCUGCGAAAGGGUCUGCGGAAAACACAAGGCAAGUUACUGAUAAUGUCGAAGAUCCGUAUAUAGCUAACAAAGAUCCACCUCCAUUGCCGCCAAAACCGAAAGUGCUACCAACUAAACCAUCUAACUGGGGCGUAAACAUUGCCAAUAUGAACAAAGCAACAUCACCUACUAACUAAAAUUUAAAGACUGCAGCCGUGCAAUUGCGCUCUGAUUAUUUACAAUU